UGCUUUGUGGAAGAUAAGAGGACAUUCCUCCUGGAAUGUAGCACCUCCCCUUUCAACGCUGUGACUUCUUUCUCUCUUUCUGCAAGCCGCACGACACACACUCCCACUCGUCGCUUGGACCUUCACCUUCUCCUCCUCCUCCUCCUCCACUCUCAGGAUCCCCGCUGGAUAUUCUCCCACACGCUCGUUGCUGUUUGAAAAGAAGAUAAAAGGCGUGGAAGCUCGUGGAAGACGUUUAUUUGUUCGGCAGGCGACAUGCGGGACGGCGGAAUAAAGCCUGCAAAGUGUGUGAGAGGCUGAGCAGGCUGCCGCUGCUGUCUCUUCUACCACACGGCGGCUGGAAGGAAGCAGAGGCGCGAUGGCCAAGUGGCUCAAAGACUACCUGAGUUUCGGCAGCAGAAAGGUUCCCCCGCAACCUCCCACGCCCGACUACACGGAAAGCGAGAUCCUAAAAGCCUACCGCCUCCAGAGGGAACUUGACUUUGAAGAUCCGUACGAGGACGCGGAAAACCGGUCCAGGGCCGAAUCCGCGACGUCGGAACCUGCCACCCCCGUGUACGGCUCGCCCAUGAAGUCCUCCAGCGCAGACGUCAAAUCUCCCAAACACAGACUCAUCAAAGUGGACUCGCAGGACCUGGGCCGAACCAAGAUCCUGCUGAGUGCCAUCUCCUUAGAUGACCAGCAAGAACCUGCGGUGCCGUCUGCUCCCCUGGCAGGGGACACAGAUUAUUCUGACCCAUUUGAUGCUCGGUCGGACCAUCGGCCAGAACCGGACGUGAGACCGGUUACCUCUGAGAACAACGGCUACAUGGAACCUUAUGAGGCCCAAAGAGUCAUAACAGAGCUGCAGCGUGGCCCGGGAGGAGGACGGGCACGGGGUGGGCUGCAGCUGUACGACACCCCUUACGAAGACGGACGAGGCCAACGGCUGGGCUUUACAUUCGGGGAAAGCCAGGAGGAGGGCAAGGAGAGCAGCAGGCUGCCGCAAGAUGACGAAAGACCGGCAGACGAGUACGACCAACCCUGGGAGUGGAAGAAGGAUCACAUCUCCAAAGCGUUUGCAGUGCAGUUUGACGGGCCAGAAUGGGACCGCUCCUCGUCGCCCACGGAGCGCUUGCGUCCACCGGGGCCCUGGUCCAGCCCGCUCUUGGGCGGGGGGUUGAAGUUUCGGAUGCCCCAGGAGGGCCUCACCAUGGUGGGGGAGAGAGUGGACCCCACCCUGCCUCUGGAGAAGCAAGUGUGGUACCACGGCUCCCUGUCCCGGUCCGAAGCGGAGUCGCUGCUCACGCUGAGUAAAGAGUGUAGUUACCUGGUGAGGAACAGCCAGACCAACCGAUGCGACUACUCGCUGUCUCUACGGAGCUGCCAGGGCUUCAUGCACAUGAAGUUCACUCAGUGCAAAGACGGCAAGUUCGUGCUGGGACACAACAGCCCGCCCUUCCACUCCAUCCCCGAGCUGGUCCACUUCUACACCACGCACAAGCUCCCUGUGCGUGGCGCCGAGCACCUGUCGCUGCUCUUCCCCGUGCUGGUGCAGACGCUCUGACUCUUUUUUUUUUUUUUUUUUUGGACCCCUCAAGGACUUUCAGAACUUCAUCAUGUCGACAAACUUGAAAGUAAUCCUUCCCGGUUGUUAUUAGACCGGACCUUCACGGACACGCUCACCUCCGCCACCGCUCCUCUGCUGGGGGCAGGAAAUGCAAUACCUCAACCGUGCCGGACCGGACUUCAGGACAUCACAAGUUCUCCUUUUCGUUUCCGUGUCCGUCACAGCCGAGGAAGUUUGAGACGCCUGAGGAGAAGUUGGGAUCCUCUCGGGCUCUCUUUGCAAACGAUGAAACGACCGCUGUUCCACCACAAACACCUCAUUAAACACUCCUUUUUCACAUUUCUACUGCCGUCAAUAAACGCAACCAUACAGGAUCAUGUGGCUUUUUCACCCUUUUUAUCAACAUUAAAUGUGAUCAAAACUACACAUGCACCAUAUCUUGUGUUUUUUCCAACCGAUACCGAUAACGCUCUGCUUCUCAAACCGAUACGGCACCGAUACCCGAUAACUCGCACACCUGGAGGUAAGAAGGACCGGAACAAAUUAGGAUUUGAUUGAUUAGUCCUAAUGAAAUAUCAAGACAUUACUACCACCAGAGAACCAGAGUAUAA